AUGAGCAUAUGUCUAACCAGUCGCCUCCAGGCCAUAUCGGCAGACAGUACCACGUUCGCGGAUUGUUCUGGGAGCUACAUAGCAGAGGCAAGGCCUGACCAAUGGAAAGAAGAUGAUGCCAGUGCUUCAGGAACUGCUUCUACAUCGCUGCCGACCGUCACCACCAAAGGCAAUGCAUUCUUCGCCGGCAGUGAUCGCUUCUACAUUCGAGGAAUCGAUUAUCAACCUGGCGGCUCUUCUGAUGCUACAGAUCCUCUCGCCGACUACUCCACAUGCUCUCGCGACAUCCCAUACUUCCAGAAGCUCGGCUUGAACACGAUCCGUGUAUACACCGUCGACAACAGCAAGAACCACGAUGAGUGUAUGAAUGCUCUGGCCGAAGCCGGCAUCUAUCUGGCCCUCGAUGUGAACACACCAAAUUACUCGUUGAACCGCGAUACUCCUGGCGAGUCCUACAAUCCAACUUAUCUGCAGUCCAUCUUUGCCACCAUUGAUGCAUUUGCGGGCUACACGAACACGCUACUGUUCUUCAGCGGCAACGAAGUGAUCAACACCGACAACAGCACCACUGCUGCGCCUUAUGUUAAGGCAGUCACUCGCGACAUGAAGCAGUACAUCGGCGAGAGAGGGUACAGAAGCAUCCCUGUUGGCUACUCUGCCGCAGACGUCUCAGAGAACCAGUAUCUCAUGGCACAAUACAUGGACUGCGGCGAAACACCAUCCCUCUCCGACUUCUACGCCAUCAACAACUACGAAUGGUGCGAUCCAUCUUCCUACACCACAUCCGGAUGGAGCAGCCUUGUCGACAUGUACGACAACUACAGCCUUCCUCUCUUCAUGUCCGAGUACGGUUGCAUUACCAAUACUCGAACUUUCGCCGAGACUGCUGAGCUGUACAAAGAGGAGAUGACCAAGGUCUUCUCUGGUGGCCUGGUCUACGAGUACUCAGCUGAGGGUAACGGCUACGGAAUCGUCACCAUUUCCGGGAACGAUGUCACCCCUGUCGGCAAGCAAUUUUCGUACCUGCAGUCCGCGCUGGCGGAGGUGUCAGACCCUAGCAACGGAGGUGGAUACUCGACCGAUGGCAAAGUCCAAGACUGCCCGGAGCAGAGCGACAAGUGGGACACCAAGCCUUUCACAGGCUCCGCUCUCCCUGCAAUGCCAACCGGUGCUGAGAAGUACAUGAAGAACGGCGCUGGUGAUGGCCCAGGUCUCAGCGGUGACGGAUCACAAAACGCCGGUGGCGGUUCUUCGACGACUGCAUCUGCCAAUGCUGGUGCUGUCAGCACUACCUACGGUGGCGGCGCGUCGUCUACUAGUAGUGGUACUGCUUCCAGUGCUGCAAAUGCUGUGCAAUUGGCGCGCACUGACAUUGCUCCAUUUGUUGGGUGUCUCGCCAUGUUCAUCAGCAUGAUGUUCGGCGCAGCUCUGUUGUAAGAGAAGAGUGAUGCGCAUUCCAAACUCAAGAAUGAGUCGAAAGAUUGGUCCCACUGUACAGGAUUGAAUAGUCGGCAACGGCACCACCUCACGAAAUCAGCUCGCGAGGCAUGGAGCCCAUAGAGCAUUUUGAAUGAACCUCGCGUAUUUUCAACGAACAACCUUCAUAUCGUUCCAAAUCAAGUUCCCAAACAAAAUGCUCCUGAUGCACCUUCAUCUCGCCCCCGAUCCCACAAGUGAAAUCCUAAUCAAUCAAUCAACCCCCUCCAACACCCCAUCCUCCCAAUCAACCUGAACGGAACCCACCCAACAUGUUUCCAACCUAAGCAUCCCUCCCAAUUCGUCUCAGACUCUUAACUGCAUCAAAAAAUCGCAACACCCAUCCGGCAAAAAAUCAUCAAUCCCAAAAUUUUCCUAUUCCCAUAUUAUCACCAAGCCGCGGAUUUUCACUGUAGCCGUGAAAAAAAAAACCUUCGUAAGUGUGGAAGAAUACCGAUCUGUCGUGCUUCUGGAUAUGAGAUUUUGUAGAAACCCGAAGAAGGGUUCGAGAGAAUUGUUACGAUUAUGUCGAAGAUUAGGGGAAUUGAGAGGAGGAGGAGGAGGAGGAGGGGGAGUGAUAGCAUCGACAUCGACAUUCUGCCCGGCAACCGUUAGAACGAAAUGCUCGGAGCAGCUGCAGCGAAGAGCGUGAGUAGUUCUCGGGGCGAGCUGACAUUCAAUGAGCAUUUUUAUAAAACAUCUGCUGGGUCAGGAGGAUGUCAGAAGCUGAUUUUGUCCCAUCCGGCAAGAAUGCCACUUUAUCUGAUCAUGUUUACGCGUGCUGUAAACUCAAUGGCUGCUUCAGUUCAGAAGCAUCCAAGUCUUGAUUCAUUCCGUGACUCGGAUCC